CGACACCGACAUAGUGCCACUUGGACGUCCAGACGAGGAGGAGUGCCAUACCUCCCGUUGCUGGAUCCUAUAUAGGAUAAUUUCCCCCUGCGUGGCUAGUCUCCAAGCCCCCUCGCCUUUCCACCAUGCAUGAUGUUUUCGACUCAAUCCGGGGUCUGCUCAAAGUGGACUCCCUCAGCGUGGACAACAGGAUCUUCCAAAUGCACUACAAAGUCACGAUGUUCUUUCUCCUGGCGUGCAGCUUGCUCGUGACGCAGCGGCAGUACUUCGGCGACCCCAUCGACUGCAUCGUGGACGUAGUGGACCAAGAGGUGAUGGAUACCUACUGCUGGAUCCACGCAACGUUCACCAUCCCCCAAUCGAACGAUGCCGUCGUCGGGCACGAGGUGCCGCACCCGGGCCUUGGGAACCAAAACAUCCCCGGCGAAGAGAAGCGCGAAAUCAAACAUCACAAGUACUACCAGUGGGUGACCCUCGUCCUGGCGAUACAGGCCCUCUUCUUCUACGUCCCGCGCUACCUGUGGAAGAUGUGGGAGGGAGGCAAGAUUAAGAUGCUGGUGAUGCAGCUGGACUCCCCCAUUGUUGAUGACGAUGUCAAGAAAGAGCGCAAGGACAUGCUCGUCUCUUACUUCAGGAUCAAUAUGAAUAACCAUAAUUUCUACGCUUUUAAGUACUUCUCCUGCGAGGUUUUGAACUUCAUCAAUGUGAUCGCGCAGAUUUACAUAACGGAUGCGUUUCUCGGCCACAGCUUCUCGACGUACGGCCGCGAGGUGAUCGCGUUCAGCCAGCAGGACAUCACCGCGCGAGGCGACCCGAUGGACCUCGUUUUCCCCAAAGUGGCCAAGUGCACCUUCCACAUGGGAGGCGCCUCGGCCAGCUGGGAGAAGCACGACGGUCUGUGCGUUCUCCCGCUCAACAUCUUCAACGAGAAGAUCUACAUUUUCCUGUGGUUCUGGUUCAUCAUCGUAGCUGUGGUCACGGCCAUCGGUCUGCUCUACCGCAUCGCCACCUUCCUCCCCGGCUUCAGGCAGAUCCUCCUGAGGACCAAGUCACGCCUCGCCUCCUCAGGAACGAUCGAGGCGGUCACUCGACGCUGCAAAAUCGGCGACUGGUUCCUGCUCUACCAGCUGGCCAAGAACAUGGAUCCUCUCAUAUACAAAGAAUUCCUGAGCGAACUUGCCUACAAGCUGGACGAAAGCUGAUUUCUGAAGCUUCACAGAAAAAAAACUUAGAAACACAUUCCUUUUCUUGUACCAAAGAUCCUAAGGUCUUCCCAUCUCAAGAAACUUAAAAUUAUGGACAUAUUUCAUACCUUUUCUUUUAACUUCGAAAAAGUAUGAUAAUAAAUUUACCUGUGGUAUAAAAUAAGAAAAAACAAAACAAAAAAAAAAGAGGAAAAUAUUUGUGUACAGUUAUUCCCUCACCAAAAAAUACACUACAUUCCUUAAACUACAAUAAUGUUAUAUGAGUCCCAGAAUGUAUGCCCUUUCCUUAUAUUGUAUAAUAGAUUGUGUUUGCGAUCAAUGAACACCGGAUAUUGCAUCUCGGAGAUUUCCUUACGAUGUGAAAAAUGUUUUUUUUUAUUUUAAUAAAGGCUUAUUUGUAUA